UGUGCAGCGGCAGGGAUGACCCCUUUCACUGCACCAAGUUGCAUAGCCAGCGUAUAUAAGAGCCUUCGCUCCGAACAAGAAUCACAAGUACAAAACCAACUGCAAGUCGAGUCCUUCCUACUAAGAUACUACGAUACUAUGUACACUGUUCAGGUACUGGUGGUCGUCGCACUGUGUGCGACGCGAACUUUCGGGGCGCCACAGCGUCCCACCGGUGGAUCGGAUAAGGACGCUGUCAUCACCGCCCAACAACUGGAAGUAAAUUUCGAUGGGAACUACGUGAACAACUUCGAGACCAGCAACGGCAUAAGCCACCAAGAGUCGGGACAGCCGAAGCAGGUCGACAACGAAACUCCUGUGGUGGUCCAGGGCGCCGACUCGUACACGGCGCCGGACGGCCAGCAAGUGAGCAUCACCUACAUCGCUGACGAAAACGGCUAUCAGCCUCAGGGUUCCCACAUCCCAACGGCGCCUCCAAUUCCCCCAGAGAUCCUCCGGGCUCUUGAAUGGAAUGCGGCUCACCCUGAGGAGGAAGACGGCGGUCAGGGCAGACCGCCCCCAAGAGGAUAAACUGAAGCCUGCCUUGAUCGAACAGGACCAGACCUAAGCAAAUGUCAACCUAGCCACGGACACAACCGACUCAAUCCUUGGACACGUCUACAAAAAUAGAUCUAGGUUUCAUAUUUACUAUAGAAUACAAAUAACAAAGCAAGCCAGUUACACGCAUGUAAUUUUCUUAUCAUAACGCUAUUUUUAGAGAAAAAAAAACACACACACACGUGAAAAAGACAGACACUAAAAAAACCACUCUUACCUAAAAAUAAAAACGCAACUCAACCGCAAACGUGAAUUGAACGUGGCCCGGGCCCAGGUCUUGCGUUCAUUAAAAUUACGUGCCUGUGUAGGUACACUGGUGCAUGCGAUAUGGUGGUGUACCAAUGCGCUGUAAACGCUACAAGUGCUACUAGAUUGUGAUUUUUUUACAUGUAAAUAAAUAAAGAAUAUACUCGAAGCUUAA